CGCCGUAGCCCCCUCGCUCCGUCGCUCGUCUUACUCCUCGCGCGAGCGCCGCCACCAGUUCUACAGUAUGCCUACGAGACGCAAUGUUCAGUACUCGUCUCUUCCUACAGAGGAUAGGGAUGGCGAAAACAAUGAUGUUGACCUUCGGUUUGCUUACACUCCAAAAUCCCACAGGGCAAUUCCGUGGAAGUCAAUUGCACUAGCAAUCUUUCUUCUCUUGCUAGGAAUUUCACUUCUCUCCCUCUCAUGGUUUAUAUUCACAAGUCACAUGGAGGGUGAUAGUACCCAGGCAUAUGGUCUCUUAUUCCUGGGCAUCCUUGCUUUUCUUCCUGGAUAUUAUGAAACUCGAGUUGCUUAUUAUUCAUGGAGAGGAGCACCAGGGUACAUGUUUGCAUCCAUCCCAGAUUAUUAGCCUUUGUUCGUAAGUGAUGCAGAAAAGGUGUGGGGCACAGCACCUUGCUUUCCUAUUGUUAAUGUUUUCAAUUGUACACAGAAGGGGUUUGUUGGAAGGAGAAAAUCUUGCUUGCAACACCCUCUCCUCCAAACAAUAUUGGCUUGACACACGGAACAGACAUGAUCAAAGGGCACUUGCCUGCACUACACUGAAAAUAUUUAGGCAAUUUACGUUGUGCCAUGGUGGUGUGUUCAUGUAUGCAUACUGGAGUACUCACGAACUUAUCUAUGUUGCUCUUACCUACAAUGUGGACUAACAGCGAUCUUGAUUUUGCUUUCUUUACACCGCUUGCUUACAAAUAUCUACCGUACUGCCUCUUUUUCCAUCUUACUUGAGUUCCCCGGAGUAUAUUAAAUAGUAGGUCUCUUUGUAUCAUCUGGAUUGCUAUGAACUGAUACUGCUGUACUACUUCUGUAAAUGUUUGAGAUGACCCGUGUGAGUUACUUCUGCACUUGAGGGGACACAUGCUGAGCUACAUUCAAGUAAUGGUGUGGUACUCAUGUACUGUACUAUAAUGGGGACUUGCAGAUUGCGCCAUUAAAAGAGGCUAGAGCAAGGAAAGGAUAUUGGCGCUUCAUCAUCUCAAGUAUAUAGAGUUUGCUUCUCUAUGAAGCAGUCUUACUGUCUUAUCCUGUUGGUGCCUUCCUGCCUGGAUGACCCAAAGAACCGUGGAAUCAAAGUAUUGUCUUUGUUGUGCGGCUUAA